GUCACGUCACAUGCAUUGCUAAUACCAUCCCCACAAAUUAUGCAAGCAAACAGACGAGCGUGCAGUCUCCCCUGAAAGCGACCAUUGCCUGGCCCGCCCGGCCGGCCGGCCGGCCUCCGUCCUAUCCCAAGCUCAUAUACUCCAGGGCAUCAGCCCCGGGCCCCGGCCAAGAGCUGAACUGCUGAAGCAAGCAGCCAUGGCGGCGUCUUCUCGCACAGCAGAGCUGAUCCAUCUCCUCCUCCUUCCAGUAGCACUGCUCCUCCUCUUCUGCGGGCCUCACGGCGCCGGCGCAGCGCCGAGCACGACGCCGCUGUCGGUGCUGUGCAACGGCGACGUCUACGGCGCCGGGGACCCCUUCGCUGCGAGCCUGGCGUACGUGCUCUCCGACCUGCUGGCCCGCGCGCCUUCUUCGUCGCCGUCGCCCCGGGACGCGUACAGCAUCUCCCCGUGGCCCAACGCCUUCGCCUACGGCCACGCCGCCUGCGGCGCCAGGGUCCCGACCCACGCCGCCUGCGCCGCCUGCCUCGGCUCCGCCAUAGCCCAGAUCAACUCCUCCUGCGGCGCCGCCGCCGUCGGCGCCCGCGCCGUCCUCGUCGACUGCCGCGUCCGCUACGAGCAGUACGCCUUCGUCGAUUAGCCGGCCGGCGAUGGCGUACUACGUGCUUGAUUAAUUGGCGCCUGUAGUAGUUGUAGUGUUGUACUACUGUAUGGCUGCACUGUGAAUCUCAGAAUCUGUGAUCUUCCUUCCCAGCUUUCUUCAAUUAUGAAUCGCAGUAUUACAAUCGUCUACACUACACUGUGAAUCUGUGAAGUAAUAA